UUUAGAACUAAUUUUACCAGCAACUGAACACCAUUCUUUCUAAAGUACCACCAAAAGACAAACUCAUCCUUCUUGGCAAUUUCAAUGCCAGAGUCUGAAAGAGCUGCCUUCUAUUGGAGAAUGUGGGGAAAUGGGGAAACAAGGCAUCGGAAAAUUCAGUUCAAAUGAGCAGUUUAGUUUAAUAGGGGCUUUGUGCAGAACUUGAACUAUUUAUUACUAACACUCAGUUCUAGCUCCCAAACUGCUUUAAAACUAUGUGGAUGCAUCCUCGUUCCAAACACUGGCACGUCUUUGAUUAUAUCAUCACUCACCGAUGUGAAAAGAAAGAUGUCAUUAUGACCAAGGCAGCAAGAAAUGCUGAUGACGGACAACAAACUUCUCAUCAGUCGGCUCAAAAAUUUCCGUUUAUGGUCAACCAAUUUUUCCACUUUAUGUGCUGGCCACAAAAAAUGUUCAACAAAUCAAAAAUAAAAUAUAAAGCUGAAGAUUCUAUGAAUUUAUCAAAGACAGCCCCUCAGCAUCAUUGGCUUCUUGAAAAAAUUAAGAAAUCAUGACAAAAGAGAUUCUUGUCAUACCCUUAAACAAGAUUCAACCAUAUACAUUAAGAUUUAAGAUAAAAAAAAAGCCUUCAAGAUCUCAAGCGGGUAUGUCAAAGUCGAAUAAGAGAAAUUCAAAAUAGCUGAUGGAAGGCUUCUGAGCUGCAACAGUAUGCAAACACCAGAGACCUUAGAAAGUUCUUCGCAUGUACCAAAGAGCUGUACACCUAACAAAAACUUCAAUGGGUACACUGAAGACUUCUUACAACACCAACACCCUCACUGACAGCCAAAGGACGUUCGACCGCUGGAAGGAACACUUCAGCACUCACCUAAAUAUUGACUCCACUGCUCCAACUCCUCCUCAACCAUGGAUGUCAAACCCUCCAUCUUUCUGAAAAUGUAGUGAUGCCGUCAAAAAUAUGAAUCCAAAGAAGUCACCAGGUCCAAACGACAUUCACCUGGAACUUAUGAAUGGUGGUUUAAGGCUUUUCAAUCUCAUCCUGAGAAUGUGGGAAUUUCAAACAGUACCUGCAGGUUUAAAGAACGUUAUCAUCACCACAUUUGUGGAGACUGUUGUGGCAUUUCCCUCUUCUCAAUCCUAGGGAAAAUCUUUGCCCUUAUACUGCUCAACCGCCUCAUAGUCAUCUUGGAGAAAAAAUUGCUGGAAUCUCAGUGUAGGUUUCGAACCUGCAGAGGAACAAUUGACACGAUAUUCUGUGCAAGACAUUUGCAGGAAAAUGCUGAGAACAGAAACCACCCUUCCUUGUCUUUUAUGAUCACGAAAAGGCUUUCAACACUGUACCACUCAUUGCCAUGUGGAUGGUUCUGAAGCGAUUUGUUGCCCUGAUCAUUUUGUGGCACUUAUCCGGGCAUUUUACGAUUACAUGGUUGGACAGGUAACACAUCAAAACUACACAUCAGAAGAGUUCCCGAUCACCAACAACCUAAAACAAGGUUGCGUACUUGCACCAACAUUGUUCUCCCUGUAUCUUACAGACAUGCUCCACGAAAUUCCUCCUACCAAUCCUGAUGUAGGGAUCAAGUACCGUUUCAAUGAGGGUCUGUAUAACCUCUCCAGACUGUCAUCACAAAGACUGACUAACAACACUCAUGUCACUGAACUGCAGUACGUUGACAACAUGCCUCACCUUCUCACUCACCUGAAGAAAUGCAUGAAUCGGUCAAUAAUUUCACAAAUGCAUAUGUUGAAUUCGGCCUUACAAUUAACAAGACAAAAAUACUUGCGCAGCCCCCAACUUAGCAAACCACUGGAACAAGUAGACUUGUUUCCAUACCUCGGAAGCAUCCUCUCAAGCAAUGUCCACUGCAUGAAUAAUACCAGACUGCCACGUCAACUCCUCUACAGUGAACUAAACCACCACCAAAAGAAGACGUUAUAAGGACCAACAAGGAGAAACAGACAAAAAAUGCACCAACAUUGACCCCAAAUUUAGUGAACACGCAGAAAACAGAAUAAUGUGGCGUCAUAUCGUUAAGAGCAUUGCAGAUUAAUGAAGAGAACAAACAAAUUCGUUGAAACAUCCAGUUCAGAGAGGCUGAUUGUUGUGAAGGAUAUUCACCAAUUACAGUAAUUUGUCAUUACUUUUAGACUAGGUGCAGUUGAAAAUUAGCAGGAAUAAGUACAGGAAAAUGUAUUUUGGCUUUUUCUGAAUCAGUAUACCAUAUAAUCUCUGACAAAAAAUCCUCCUUCCUAGGGCAAUUUUGGGCUUAAAAAUGCUUAUUUUGGACUAAGAAAUGUUACAAGAAAUUGUCUAAAUUGU